AUGGAAGUUCGAGAAAUUGAUUCGGGUAUUAUAGAUAAUUUUUCAUUAGAAGCUAUGUGCUUUUUGAAAAAAUUACAACAUUUUUAUAUAAAUUCUAAUAAACAAAUAAAUAAAAAUUUAACGGAACAAUUUAAUUUAAUAUUGGAUUCAAUCGGCGAUAUAUUUGAUGAAGAUCCUGAAUUGGUUGUAACUAAAAAUGAGGAUUUUUUGAAAAAUUCUGAAGAAAUUAAUGGAAAUAUAAAAACAAAAUUUUUUUGUUCGUCAUGUAGCUGUUUAUUAAAGGAAAGUGUAAACGCAAUACAAGAACACAUAAAAUUAAAACAUUCUAAACAAACAAAUUUGGAUAAUUCAACUGUCCCUUUAAAUUUAAUUCAAUAUAAAACCUUAAUACCUGGAAAUCCUAUAGUUCCAGUAUCACCGCCACCAGCAGCUCACUUGCCAGCUCCAACUCUUCUCAUGCCUACUCCCUUAAUUUCAUUGCCAGUACCUUUACAACCUAAUCCAAUGUAUAACACAUGCGUGCCCAUGCCUGCAAAUAUAGUUCAGCUUAAAAGCAUGCAGCAUAUAAAUUUACCUGAAUCAUUUUUAAAGGAUUAUGCUUCUAUUGAACCAUUUAAUAAGAAAAUUUCUGAAGUAAAACUAAUUGUUGAGAAAGUAAGGAUUCAACUAAAUAAGCAUUUAAAAAGUUCUAUGCUGCCUAUAAAAGUCUUUUUGUAUGGAUCAAGAGCAUUUGGGCUAGGAUAUCAUGAUUCAAAUUACAAUUUUAAUGUUGAAAUAUACAAGGAUAAAGACAAGAAAGUAAGUUCAAUAGAGAAAGUGAAAAUGGUUUCUGAUUGUUUACAAAAACACUUAAGUGUUUGGCGCACAAUGCGGCAAAAUCGAAAAGAUGAAAUUCCAUGGACUGAGCUUAAGAAUAUAGAUUUAAAUAUCGUAUGUAAGCUCACUUUUGAAAAUGAUGCAAUUUACCGGGUACAAGUGGACUUAAUAAAUUACUAUUUGGAGAUUCCAAUAAUAAGACGAGUUGCAACUUUGGUGAAAAUCGUGUUACAUAAUUACAAGAUAAAGAUAAAUAGUUAUAUAUUAUUAAUAUUAGUGAUUUUCUUCUAUCAAAAAAAAUCAGUUCUACCACCAGUAUUUGCAUUGCAGUCAAGAUGCGCACCAGAGUUUCAGGGAGCUUGGCAGGUUAAUUUUAAUAAGGAUGUAAAUCUCUUACAUUCUUACGCUCAGUUUCCACCGGAUAAUCCAACAAAUUGCUUUAUUGAUUUCAAAUCUUUUUGUUUAUUUUACCUUAGUUUUGAUUUUAAAAAAAAUAUUAUAAGUCCUUUAGUUGGCAAUAUUUUUCAAAGAGAUAAGCUCGCCCUAACGCAACAGCUAAGUAAACAUGUUAACUACACAAAUUUACUUAAGUACUCUCCAAUGGCCAUACAGGAUCCAAUAGUACAAAAUGUUAACUUAGCAGCAAAUAUAACAGAAGAAAAUCUGAAAGAAUUUAAGAAAGUUUUAGAAAAGUACAAGUAAAUAAUAACUACCUGAUAUAAAAAUAUGUAAGCGUACAUGCUACAAUAAACAUGGUUUAAUAUUAAUAAUUAUAUUUUAUGUAGAAAUAUAAAAGUAUAUGUAAUUGUUUUUACGUAUUUUCAAUAUAAUUUUUUUUUUCAAUUUGUGUUAAAACUUAAU